ACGCUGGGAUUUAGAGGCUCACAGAUGAGGAAACCCUUUGUUUUUCCUCCCACAGAGCCCUGCCUACUUUAUGUAAUAGUUUUCAUCGCUUGGAUGCUUCGUUAUGAGCCACUAAUUGGAGCAGGAGCUGAGUUAAUCCCUUGUAGCAGCAGUUUUGGGGCUGGGGACCCAGCCCAGGUGUGCAGGAGGAGCAGGCAGCUCCUCUCCGUGCCCAGGCUGAUGUCUCCACUCUGAGCCCCUCCAGAGGGUCCCUGGGAGCGGUGGCCAGGAUGAGGAUGGUGGUGGCCAAGGUGCUGUGCCUGCUGGGGAUCUGUGUGCUGGUGCUGCUGGGGGCCCUGCUGCCCGUCAGGCUGAUGGAGGCCGACCCCGAGCGGGCUCAGCGCUCCCGCAGGGCGCUGGCCCUCUGGAACUCCUUUGGGGGUGGUGUCUUCCUGGCCACCUGCUUCAACGCCCUGCUGCCUGCUGUCAGGGGCAAGCUCGACGAGGUCCUCAGGCAGAACAACAUCACCACGGACUACCCGGUGGCCGAGACCAUCAUGAUGGUCGGCUUCUUCCUGUCGGUCUUUGUGGACCAGCUCUUCCUGAGCUUGCAGAAGGAGAAACCCUCCUUCAUCGACCUGGAGACCUUCAACGCGGGCUCGGACGCGGGCAGCGACUCGGAGUACGAGAGUCCCUUUAUCGCCUCGUCGCGGGGCCGCGCCCUGCACUGGGAGCACGGCCCCCACUCGCACAGCCUGGCCCUCCCCGAGCUGUCCCACUGCGGCCCCCGGCGCCUGCUGGGGCUGGUGUUCGCCCUCUGCACCCACUCCAUCUUCGAGGGGCUGGCGCUGGGCUUGCAGGAGGACGGCAGCAGAGUGGUCAGUCUGUUCCUGGGAGUGGCCGUGCACGAGACGCUGGUGGCCGUGGCUUUGGGGAUCAGCAUGGCCAAAGCCUCGCUGCCGCUCAGGGACGCGGCCAAGCUGGCGGUGGCCGUGUGCUUGAUGAUCCCGCUGGGAAUCGGCAUCGGGAUGGGCAUCGAGAGCAGCGGGAGCGCCGCGGGCAGCGUCGCCUCCCUGCUGCUGCAGGGCGUGGCCGGCGGCACCUUCCUCUUCAUCAUCUUCUUCGAGAUCCUGGCCAAGGAGCUGGAGGACAAGAGCCACCGGCUGCUCAAGGUGCUGUGCUUGGUGCUGGGCUACGCCGCGCUGGCCGGGCUGGUGCUCAUCCCGUGGUGAGGGAGCAAAACUUCAGCUCUCCCCUCCCACCGGCAGCGGGAGGAGCCGCCCCUUUCACCGCUGGGACAGCCCAGCCCGGGAGGUGUUUCCAUGAUGAGUUGGAGCAGGAGGAGGAGAAUCUCUUCCCGUGUGCUCAGAGUGAGGAAUAUCCCCGGGGAUUGGCCCUGCCCGAGGGCUGCAGGGAUUAGCGGACACAAACAUCAAGGAUCCGGGUAAAAUCUGCUUCCAAGAGCUCCUCGAGUGUGUGGCUUCCUGCAGUGCCCACUCUCCCUCCUUCCCCUCAGGCCGGGAGCCUGCUCUGGAGGCUCCGAGCAGGUGAGGAACAAACAGGAAUGGAGGCAGAGCAGGUGGGAGCAGGGAUUGCCAGCCUGCACUAAGCUGCUUUCGCUGGCUUAGUUUGGAGCAAAACCUGGUUGUAAGAGCUGCCAAAAAUAACAUCCCUGUGGGGCUUCCAGGACCUGCUGCCUCUGCACAGCUUCCAGUGCCCCACCUGGGGCUCAGGGAACUCAGCUUUCCCAGGGAUUCAUGGAGAAAAUGAGGCCAGGCCCCUCUGCCCUGCCAGCACCAUAUCCACAGGCUGAGCAUUCCCUAAGGAAAACCUCUGAAAACCGGAGGAUGAAUCCCAGGAUGGUUUGGGUUGGGGAGCAC